AUGGCAUGGCGGGAACGCAUCAUGGUCCUCUUCCUCCCCCAAGGCAUGAUGCUCACGCUGGCAGCGGCUGUGCUCCUGAUCCUCCACCUGGGUAUCUUCGCCAGUGACGUGCAUAACUUCUAUAUCACCUAUAACUAUAACCUCAUGACCUUCCGCUAUACCACUGUCCUCAUGUUCUCUCAGGUCAUGAGCAUCUGCUGGGCUGCUAUGGGGUCCUUCUACGCCGAGAUGGCAGAUGACAAAGCUCGUCGGUACUUUUCCCUGGUCAUCCUGAUGCUCAACGGGAUCAUGUUCUUCAACCGCCUGUGGCUGGAGUUCUUAGCCAUCCAGUACCGCGAGGAGUACCACUGA